CCGCUUCAGACUUUCACCACCAGCUUCGCUUUACUCUUAGAAGUCAGACAAAAAGCUAACAUGUCUUCUGCUGAAUUCCCCGAGACUCCUCGCCCUAAGGAUGUUGGAAUCCUCGCGAUGGAGAUGUAUUUCCCUCGCAGAUGCAUUUCUGAGGAACAACUUGAGGAGUUCGAUGGUGUGGCCAAGGGCAAGUACACCAUCGGUCUCGGUCAGGAGUACAUGGCGUGCACAGACGACCGCGAAGAUAUCAACUCCUUUGCAUUGACUGUCGUCGCAAAUCUCCUCGAGAAAUACAACAUCGACCCCCGUUCUAUCGGACGUCUGGAUGUUGGCACCGAGACCAUCAUCGACAAGUCCAAGUCAGUCAAGACGGUCCUCAUGGAUCUCUUCGCCACCUCGGGCAACACAGAUAUCGAGGGCAUCGACUCGAAGAACGCAUGUUAUGGGUCCACCGCCGCGCUCUUCAAUGCCAUCAACUGGGUGCAGGGCGACUCUUGGGACGGCAGAAAUGCAAUCGUCGUGGCGGGAGAUGUUGCGGUCUACGCAGAGGGAGGGGCCAGGCCAGUUGGAGGUGCCGGAGCAUUUGCUGCGUUGAUCGGGCCAAAUGCCCCCAUGGUCUUCGAACCCGUUCAUGGCACGCACAUGAGCAAUACCUACGAUUUCUACAAGCCAAAACUCGACUCGGAAUACCCAGAAGUCGACGGCCCUCUUUCCAUCACCUCCUACAUCAGUGCUCUUGACGCAUCCUACUCCCGGUACCGCGAGAAGACCGCCAAGAGGCUAGGGAAGACGAACGGUGACGCUGGCAAAGAUGUAGAUCCCAAGUCUGCGUUCUCUCUCCAAGACGUGGACUACAACGUUUUCCACUCACCAUACGGCAAGCUCGUCCAGAAGGGCCACGCGCGAUUGCUCUAUAACGACUUCAUUUCUUCGCCUUCAUCACCCUUCUUCGCCAACCUCCCUUCCGCCGAGUCCAUAAAAGCCAUCCCUUACGCAGCCUCCCUCACGGACAAAGUCCUCGAAAAGUCCUUCAUCACCUUCGCCAAAUCCGCAUACCAGUCGAAAGUCAAUCCCUCUCUCCUCUGCGCAAAGCGUUGCGGUAACAUGUACACCGCGUCUCUGUACGGCGGUUUGGCGUCCCUCUUGUCGUCCAUUUCCCCGGAGGAGCUCAAGGGGAAGAGAAUCAGCAUGUUUGCGUAUGGAAGUGGUCUGGCGAGCUCUUUCUUCGUUAUCAGGGUGAAAGGUGAUACGACUGAGAUGAGGGAGAAGCUGGACUUGGUGAAGAGGUUGGCGAGCAUCAAAGUGGUGCCGUGCCAGGAGUACGUUGAGGCGCUCAAGCUCCGUGAGGACAACCACAAUGCUGGUGGUUACACGCCCGCUGGCUCGCUUGACAACAUCUGGCCUGGCGCGUACUACCUCGAGCACAUCGAUGAACGCUACCGUCGCAAGUAUGGCCGCAAGCCUGCGACCUCCGCAUAGAUCAGAGAGAUCUAUCUUUUACCGUUGUCUUCUUCUGGCUUCUUAUUCUACUCGCGGUCACAUUUACAGCCUUCUGUAGAGUAGGCGACCACGCUUUCCGGUCGACGUCUUCGCUAUCGUUCAUUUCUUGCCGCUCCACUUCAUUGUCUAGUACGUACCCUGUGAGCUACUCAUGAUGAUACCAGAGAUCACACCUUCUACUUUUUCCCACCUCCCGAUCUUGUGUGUAUUUUUACUGUUUUUCUGGAUCUCUGUACUGCGGUGAAUGUGUUUGUGUAGUUGCUCGAAUGAUUGUAGGAGGUGGCCAUACCGUCUAAUGUCACCGAAUAUAGAUGAUG